UCGCUUUAUUGCAUCAAUUUCUCUCAGCUGGCCAUGAUCGUCGGAGCAGGUGCAUAUGCCCGCGACUUAGCUGCUGUAGUCGGUGGCAGCUCCAACAUCACCUGGAUGGUCCAGUCAAUCACCAUCGUCACCAGCGCACUGGGGCCUCCAUUUUCUCAGGCGGCAGAUUACUGGGGUAGAAAGUGGUUUCUUGUCUUGUCUACUGUCUGCGGGAUGAUUGGCUGCAUCAUCAUCUCCCGCGCCGCAUCCAUGGGCAUGGCGAUUGGAGGAAGUGUCAUCUGCGGAUUGUCUUACGGCUCUCAGCCUCUCCUGGUUGCCGUGGCGUCUGAGAUCGUGCCCCGUCGAUACCGUGCCGUUGUGCAAUCUGGCCUCGGCAUUGCUACUGCAACAGGUGCUAUAUUUGGCCUCUUGCGAGAGAAGCUACUCAGGCUUGAUUGGGUUGCUUAUGCAUUCCUUGCGUCAGGCAUUGUUCUCUUUUCCAUGGCGCUCACUUGGGCGGACAACCCAUAUUCCUGGAGAGAUGCUCGUGUCUCUGCCACGUUCGCGAUAUCAUGCGUCUUGCUGCUAAGCCUCGGAUUCCACCAGAUAAAACUCAAAAAGGACGGUAUGAUACAUCAUCGUCUGUUCUCGUCAGUCCACUCAAAUAUUUUCUCCGUCACGUUCUUCGCGGCCAUUGUGUCUUCCUUCGGCGUCGCUAUCUACUCGUCUUUGAUGAAAAGUAUCCGAGCUCCAUUAGCACUCUCGUUUGUGCUCUACAUCCUCUUCGGUGUCUUGAUGGCAACAGCGAAGCUGUCCAGCAAUAUUGCUGUUACUUGGUGCUACCCGGUUAUAUUGGGUAUCGGCUUUGCGUUGACCUUGACUACCGUAGUCACGGCAGCUCAGAUGAGCGCCCCUCCUGAACUCAUCGGCUUGACCUUGUCUUUGCGGUCUCUUGGGGGCUCUGUAGCUCUUGCAAUCUACAACGCAAUCUUCAAUUCAGCAAUGAAGAAAUACCUUGCUCCGUCUAUUGCAGGAGCUGUGGUGCCGCUGGGUGUUGAUCCAGACGACCUACCUCAACUGAUACAGGGUCUCACUACCCAGGACCAGAAGCUUCUAGCGAGUAUCCCCGGCAUGACUCCACGAAUUAUGCAAGCGGCUGUUCAUGCCCUAAAAGAGGCCUAUCUCUCGUCUUUUCGUCGUGUCUGGAUUGCACUCGCAGCCAUGGCGUUUUGUGCUUUCAUCCCUGCAUGUUUCGCGAUCAACCCGAAGAAGGAUUUCAGUAAAGACAUUGAUGCCCCUCUGGACGAGAAAAUGGCAGAGGCGACAGUGGCUCAGGUUGAGUGA